UUAGUGACAAUAACACCUGAGCCCCCCAGUGUGACCAAGGCACUGCAGGUGAAGAAUACUGUUAAUACUUAUCAACUAUGUCAGAUUAAUGUGUUCACCUUAUUAUCAGUGUUAGGUCUAAAAAAUAUACAAGAUGUUGUACUGUCCACCAAAUGUCACAUUCAAUCACAUCUGGGUCAACCAUGGCAUAUCUCACUGCUUUUUGGACACAGUCACAACCUCUGUUUAUGCGUCAUUCAUAGUUUUAUUUGGAUUGGGACAGUGGCUUAUGUACCGCAAGUAUGCCACAGAGACUGACCAGUAUUUAAGGCCAAAAUCUGUACUAUUUGGCAUCCAAGUGGCACUUUCGAUCUUGAUGCUGUUGAUAGCAUGUGCAAGAAUAAUUCUCCAAGCAACAGUCAUUGGUGACCAUGUUCUCUAUGGGUAUAUGAUUCUAUACUUUGGCUGCAACCUGGUGUGCUGGCCACUAUCCCUUCGUAUUGUGUUCUUGGAGCGAAAUUAUCUCCUACCAACCGUACCCACCAGAGGGCAUGGGGUCGUGUUGCUUGUGUUCUGGACUCUGGUGUUUGUCAGUGAAAAUCUUGCUUUUCUCAAUCUAAGGAAUGAAGAUUGGUGGUUUGACCUGUCAACGAUAACUGAUAAAUUAGAAUUUGUCCUCUUCAUUUUGCGUUAUGUCUGUGGCUGCUUCCUCUUUAUUCUUGGACUGAAGGCUCCUGGAAUAUCAACCCUUCGAGACUACGUAAAUUUUGGAGGAACAAUUAAUGAUCCACUGGUUACUGAUGAUGAUCAGUCACAGAGCCAAAACAACAGUCAGGGGUCAACAUGGCGCAACACUUGGAAAAAACUGCGAAUUUUGUUGCCCUUCAUGUGGCCCAAGAAGAAUGUGUUGUUGCAGUUGGCUGUCAUCAUGUGCUUCGUACUACUUCUUGCUGGCAGAGUGACAAAUGUUUAUGUUCCACUAUUCUAUAAAUUGAUUGUUGAUGGACUUGGAGGCAGUGGUGGAACUCCAGAAUUCUGUUGGCAAUAUGUUCUCAUCUAUGUUGGCUUGAAGUUCCUGCAGGGAGGAGGCACGGGAGGGAUGGGUUUCCUCAACAACCUGCGGUCACUGUUAUGGAUAUCAGUGCAGCAGUACACUAGCAGGGAGGUUCAAGUGCAACUAUUCUCCCACCUGCACAACCUUUCUCUAAGAUGGCACCUGGGACGGAAAACUGGGGAAGUGCUACGUGUGAUGGACCGUGGCACUAACUCAAUUAACACUCUACUUUCAUAUAUUGUUUUUAGCAUCCUGCCAACAGUGAUAGACAUCCUUGUGGCUGUUGUUUACUUCACGGCAGUCUUCAACUACUGGUUUGGUCUUAUUGUCUUUGCAACCAUGGCUGCCUAUUUAGCUAUCACAAUAGUCAUGACGGAGUGGAGGACAAAAUAUCGUCGACGCAUGAAUCUUGCUGACAACGAACAGCGAUCAAGAGGUGUAGAUUCUCUUCUCAAUUUUGAAACUGUGAAGUAUUAUGGUGCUGAGGAUUAUGAAGUCAACCGAUACAGGGAAUCUGUAUUAAACUAUCAGAUUGAGGAAUGGAAGUCAAAUGCAUCAUUAUCCUUCCUUAACACAAUUCAGAACUUAGUGAUCAAUGGAGGACUGUUGGCAGGGUCCCUGCUGGCAGCAUGGAUGGUUGCUUAUCAUAAAGGUCUAACAGUGGGUGACUAUGUGCUUUUUGCAACAUACAUCAUGCAGCUGUACACUCCACUCAACUGGUUUGGCACUUACUAUCGUAUGAUUCAGCAGAACUUUAUUGAUAUGGAGAACAUGUUUGACCUUCUUGAUGAAAAGCAAGAAGUUGUUGAUAAGGAUGAUGCCCAGACUUUACCGGUGCCUCAGGGAAUAAUUGAGUUUAAGGAUGUGUCUUUCCAUUAUACUCCUGAGAGACCAAUCUUGAAGAAUAUUUCCUUUAUUGUAGAACCAGGAAAGACAGUAGCUGUUGUUGGCCCUACUGGUAGUGGCAAGAGCACAAUAAUGCGUCUUCUUUUUCGUUUCUAUGACGUACCUGGAGGCACUAUCUUGGUCGAUGGUUUAGAUAUCAGAGAUUACAAGCAAAAAUCCCUCCGACAGGCCAUUGGAGUUGUUCCCCAAGAUACGGUUCUUUUUAAUGAAACUAUUUUUUAUAACAUUCACUAUGGGAGAGUGACUGCAACUGACAGUGAAGUGAAGGAUGCAGCCAAGCAUGCUGAUAUUCAUGACAAGAUCAUCACAUUCCCUGAGCAGUAUGACACGAAGGUGGGUGAAAGGGGACUGAAGCUGAGUGGAGGAGAGAAACAACGUGUGGCCAUCGCUCGCACAUUACUCAAGAAUCCAGCAUUUAUCUUGCUAGAUGAAGCCACCAGCGCUCUUGACACACAGACAGAAAGAAAUAUUCAGGAUGCAAUACAGAAGGUGUGUACUGAACGUACAGUGCUGGUGGUGGCUCACCGUCUCUCCACAAUUAUUCAUGCUGACACUAUUCUUGUUCUCAAGGAUGGCGUAAUUGUAGAACGCGGAAGACACAGCGAGCUGAUAGCAACAGGUGGAGAGUACAGUAAUAUGUGGAGGCAGCAGCUGGAGGCCAACAACAACACCAGCAGCAACCUGGAAGAUGAGGAACCUUCUCCAGAUGAUCAACAGAAUAUAAAACCAGAGGCUGCCGAGACUUCCAAACUUUAGAGUUCCAUUGCUAAUGAAAUUAAAAUGUUAAGGUUAUAAAUAGUGUCUAGUGUACAGAGUAAACAAUGUAAUUUGUUUCAAUAUUUAUGAUAGAAAUUUUUUUUAUUGGUUUAAAAAAAUAUAUACAGUACAGGUUGUACCUCUCUAGUCCGGCAACCUCGGGACCUGACCGGUGCCGGACCAUGGAAAUUGCCGGACCAUGGAAAUUCACCCUUUUCCUGGAUAGAUAGUGACUUGUGCUUAUGCCUGGAAGCACUAGCACCUCUCUCUCUGCGUCAUGGGGUCUUUGAAGACAUAUUGAAGGGUUAAAUGUCGUAUAGUAGCUUCUCAAAUUUCGCGAGUUUUUAAUUCUUAACGUAUUUUAUUGGAACACACAAAAAAAUAAAUAAAUAAAAAUUUUGA